ACGCCAGUAUCAGCUUUGAUAUACGGAUGAUUCCAAACGCUUCCCUAGAGUUUCUACCAAUGCAUCCCUGAAACCGCCAACUUCGACGGAUCUUUUACAAAGUUGGACCAAGUUUUCGUUCGCUCAGCCCGACAAUGGCCUUCUCCUGCGCCACUUUCAGAGCCUAUGAUCCCUCCUUCCUCCCCCCAAACCCCGCCGCCCCCUCGAUCGACUCCGCCGCUCUCGCCCCGAAACUCUCUCUUGUCGAUCGAAGUCAGAGGUUUCAACUCGCAUUCCAAUCCCAAAUCCAGAUUCGCUUCGUCCUCCCAUGAGACCCUUUUCCCAGUAUUUUCUACCGAAAACACCUGUAGGCGCUUUGCUAAGAAUGACAAAUGGAGCCGCCACGCGGAACUCGAUCGUGUGAAUGGAGCCGGCGACGGCAGCGGCGGUAAUGGUGACGGCGGUGGAGAUGAUGGCGAACAUGAUACGGAGGAGGCUGAGUUCGGGCCGUUGUCGAAAUUUGAGGAGGUGAUCCGAGAGUUGGAGGCUCGUGAGGCGACCCUGCCUUCUUCGUCUCUGACAUGCUGGAGGUGGCGAAAGCUAUGGGGAUCCGAAGAGAUUUUCUCUUUAGAUACCUGGACCUACAGAAGGCGGCGCCUUGGCCACUGGGUGCUUUGAUGAGGUGCUGCGCGAUGUUCCGGGAUCGGAUGCUUGCUGACCCGUCAUUUCUUUUUAAAGUUGGAACUGAGGUCUGUUGAUUUUUGUUGCUUUAGAUGUUCUUGGGAUUGCAUUUGAGGAAUUUUUCCAUAUUUC